UUGGAAAUAAAGAUGCCUGACUCAACUUCCCCACCAGGUCCCUAGCAAUUAAUGCCCACUAACCACCAGCAAACAUGUCAAAGAUGAAGCAAGACUACGUUCUCCCUGUUGAGGCUGUUCGCGAAUUGGCCUACGAGGGCGGCAGACAUCGCAGGCGUUUUUCAGCGUGCUCGGCUGUCCUUGUUUUAGUUGCUCUCGGAGUAACCACUAUCUUCUUCACAUUCUAUGGCCACCUCACGAGGGCGUUGGUGCUCAGCCACCAUGGAGGCAUCAAAGAGCUGGGCCCAUUCUACCACAGUGUCAUGACGCAUGACGACCUAUGUGCUGGCGGAGUUUCGCACUCGGGAUACAUUGGUCUGCAAGGCGACAGCGAGGACACGCCGAAGAGAUCUUUCUUCUGGUGCGUAACCCGCCCCCCUGCGAAACUGUUUUUCCGAAGUGCCCCUCAGGUAUUUUGAAGCGCAACACGACUCUAAGAACGCGCCUGUGAUGUACGUCCCCGUGCUGUGAAGCUGAAACCAUAUAACAUGUUGCCCAGACUAACCGUCGGUGGCGGUCCUGGAUCUAGCGGAAUGGUUAAUCCACUCUUCGGUCGUAUGUUUUAA